AUGCUUAUCAGAAAUUUCAAACGAAAUUAGUUGAGGCUGAUAGGUAAACAAUUUAGUAGUCCCAUCAAAGAAAAAUAGAAAGAACAACUAAAAUAUCAUGCUAGUCGAUUAUGCUAAUAGCAGAAUCAAAUUUAAUAGAUCGAGAAAUUAUUUGAAUUAAAAACCAAAUAAAGAUUAUAAAUUGCUGAAAUGCAAAAAGCUAAAGAUAGAAUGCUUGUUAAAUUACAGUACUUCAAAGAAGGACUUGAACAAGAGAGAAUCAACACAUUAAAUUAGAUAUCCAUCAAUCAAUAAUGUUUAUUUUGA